GACCACCAUAGUCACGUCGUCAGACUACCGACCGCAAAAUUUAACGAAAUUCCGCCCCAAACCGGGAAUUUUAUCGCGUUUUGAUGCCGAAAUAUUGGUCAGAAAGUAUCGUCAAUGGACUUCCAUCACUGAUGAUCGUGUUUGAGAGCUGAUAAUGAUGAAGAUGAAGCUGCGAGCGGCGGGAAGCGAAAAUCACCGAUGCGACUUGAAUCCCGCUAACGGAACCGAUCGGCCGGGACAUCGGGAAAGCAGUACCGGAGCGGCUCCGCUUGAUAAGGAGGCGGUGUUCGAGUGGUUCGGUUUACAGCUGAGCCCGGCCGCACGCGUGGAGCUGCUCUGCGGGCUGCUGCAUAUGUGUCAGCCGUUGGAGCUACGUUUCCUCGGCGCCUGUCUGGAGGAUCUGGCCCGGAGAGAUUUCACUAUCCUGCGAGACUUCGAGACCCGGGCCAACAGCCCAGCUGAUCUGGAAGGAUUGGUGGACGUGAGCGACCCGGUGGUGCUGUCAAAACUGCUUGUUUAUUUGUCUCUUAUCGGAUCCAAGAGCAGGGAGUGCGCCGGGAUACUGUUCAGGACGUUGAGCAGAAUGGACGCGGGGAGGUGCGGGGCACUACCGGAGCCGGAGGCGGUCGAACAGCUGCGGCUGCUCUUCACGAUGGGCUCGUUACACCCGGCGUUCAGUUUCCAUCAGCGGGAAGAGCUGCGAGCGCAACUGGACAGACUCCAAGGAUGGAGCCAGUUUUCCAGGCCAGGGUUCCUCUGUCCACACCAGGAGAAUGACGUAGACUGGACUCUAUUAAGCAAUCCCAAUCCGCACCUCAGCAGCACAUCACAGAGAAAAGUGGUUCAUAUUGAGAAGAUUAUUCUGAAGGAAGUUUCUGUGGGAGGAGAUGGCAGGCAGUACAGUUUUGAGGUGAAAUGGUCCGACGACUCAUCCACUACCGUCACCAAAAGUCAUCGUGAGUUAGAAGAUUUUCUGUUAAAGCUUCCAAAGGAGCAGAGUCCUGAUGGCUUUGAGAAGAGUAUUGUGAGGUUACUCAAUCGGGGAGAUCAGUGUGAACACAGAGAACUAGAGAGAACCCUCAGGGAGAGGUUCUUGUCUUUAUCACAGGAUGUUCUUCAGAGAUGUGACAUUACCAGAUUCUUCAUGUCUGAUCCGUCUUUAAUGCCCUGCAGCCACUGUACCAGUGCACCUGUAGCCAGAAUCCAUCAGCCUGAACGCGGGUUCUCUGAGGACUGCUCCGAGACCUCCAGUCUAGAGGAGGAUGUGGAGGCUUACAGCAUCAGAGCUACAGGAUUGAGUAAUCAGCGUUCUGAAUGCCAGCGAAGGGGAAACAGUGAGCAGAAUGGAGAGAGGGAACAGAGCUGCACAAAUGACAGAAGAAUCCACACGCCUGGACAGAAGAGCAAAGGAAGGUCAGCUGGCAAAAGGGAGAGAGGCCGGCGAGUGAUCAGUGCAAAGAGUUCUAAUGGGAUCCAAAAACCUUCUGCAACACUGAUGAUCAACCAGGCCGCUUGCAAAGACAUAGGAAGGGACCGGUAUGGUGACACAUCAUCAGAGAGCUCAAACUCCAUGCCGUCAAGUCCUGUUCACCCCAAGAGCCUGGAGGACCAAGAUACAGAGAGUCAAUCAGAUAACUCUGCACAAGAACUGGCUGAAAAGACUAGCCUCGCCAAAAGCAUUGCCGGCAAAGCGGUUGCCAUGGUGAACCCAUUAGUGGCUGAGCCUCAGAACAUUCUGCAGCCGCCUUCAGUGGUGGAGUUGGCGCUGACCGCUUGCCUCCCCUAUGCCCUGCAGUACAACACCACCCAAAGGGACGCCGGAGAGAGUAAGAUAACCAUUACGAUUCCACUGGCCCGAGACCCGGCACAAUCAUCAGCCAGCACUCACCCACAGCAGCAGCCUCCACAGGGGGCGUUUAGCAUCCUCUCGGCUGGCCAGUGUCCUCUACAGCCCACCAACAUCCAAGCCACAGCCAACAAUCCUGUCAAAUCAAACGUCAAGGCCUCGUCGUUGCCUGUAUCUGUCUAUAUCCCUUUCAGCUCGAGUUCCUGCCCCGUCUCCUCUAGCCAAGUCCCGGGACCUUGUCAUACAAGUGUACCCACUCGCUCCCCGGGGCCUGGGCCCCUGCCGCCCCCUGCCGUCACACACAGCACGGCUCAGAGCGAUUCCUUGUCCUACAUCAACAGCUCUAGCAUGUCGGUCACAGCACAAGCACAGCAAGGGGGCUGUAACGCCUGCGGGUGUCGUGGAAGCUGCGGAGGCAACGCCGCCCACCAGUCGCCCAGUUACUUCUUGCCCCCUCAAGCUGCCCGUCAAAUGUUUGGGCCACCACCCCCCUUCUUCCAUCUUCCUCCGUCUCUAUGCAACAGUUUCCCUGCCCAAGGUCACCAAAAUAACGGGUCACUUCUGCCCUUCUACGCCCACACUGGUCCUCCCGCUGCUUUUCUUCACGCCCACUCAGAUCCUAUGAUGGCUUCACAGGCAGGCUACAGCAUGCCUCAAAUGCCCCCUUUUCGACGGUUCUACCCACCUGUUUUUCCACCGGUGGGCUUGAUGUCAGGUGGAACCGGUCCAAAAAAGCCCACCAAUGUGUCCUGCUAUAACUGCGGUAUGAGCGGGCAUUACGCCCAAGACUGCAAACAACCGUCCAUCGAUGCCGGGCUGACGGGUAACGGCAGGGCCAGGAAAUGAUGAUGUGGUCAGAAACGUACUCUACGCAAGUGGUUUCCGGCUGAAGUAUGUUGCCCCAACCUCCUCGGAAACACUAGACAAAAAUGAUUGACAGGGAGCAGGGGAACAAACCAUUCCAGAGAUGCUUUAGACUAAUUUUUAUGUUUGUAUUAACAUUCUUGUCAAGAGAGCCCAUGCAAAGGGAGCCGCAGAGGAAGAGAAUAUAUGUAAUUUUUGGACACGGCCACAAUGAUGGCAAGACAAGUUGGCAAGGUGCAAAACCUUAAAAUGUGGUUUUCUUAGUAACUCAAUUAUCUAGUUCUAGUUUAAAUAGGAUGAGUGGCAAGAGUUUUUUGUUUUAGGUUCAGAAUAAGUACUUUAUUGUUGUCAGAAGACUUUUUUAUGAACUCUUUGGCAGCGUCUGGCAUAAGUUAAUGAGGAAAAAUUAAACUUGAGCUCUCCAGUACAGUAUUUCUUUUUAAUGACACGGGUGAAUCUGUAUAGGCUUUUAUACUUGCUAUGAGCAGUUAAAGGGGUGGUUCACCCAAAAAUGAAAAUUCUGUCGUCUACUCACCCUCAUGUUGUUCCAAACCUGGAUGCUGUGAUAUUUUCCAUAGAACACAAAAGUAGAGUUUUCAAAUAAUCUUUACCCAGCUCUUGCCAUGCAACAUCAGAUCAUAGUGACCAUGCUUGUCUAGCUCCAAAAAGACACAAAAUUGAAAACGGCAUAAAAGUAGACAAUACGACUUGUGGACUGUAUUGAAAGUCUUCUGAGGCCUUCCGAUUUCACAAAACGUGACGCACAAUUUUUAAACGCGAACAAGACGCAAGCUUUGGCUGAGAUGAAGGUUAUCAGUGAAUAACAACUUAAUUUCGGUCUGUUUAUCACACAAAGCUUUUGUUUUCAGAAGACGUGGAAUGGAACAAGUCAUAUGGACUACAUUUACUGAUUCUUCAAAAACAUUUUGUGUUCCACAGAUAAAUAACAACAAGAAGGUUUGGAACAAUGUGAGUGAGUAAAUUGUUAAUGAAUUUUUCUUUUCGGAUGCACUAUUCCUUUAUGGCAAGAAAAAAAAUACACGAUGUGUUUUCUGUAAACAUAUAUUGAAAGUUCUUUAUUUGUUAUCAAAGAUUUGCUUUUGCCCUCACUGAUAAUGUUGAUAAAGAGAGAAGAUCAAAGCUGAUAAUGAUGCUCUUUUUUUUUUUUUUUUUUUAUAUGCUGCUGGUUUGCCCUGUUGUUGUUUCAGACAUGAUGCACUACAGCUGUUCUCUGAAAAAUGUGAGUCAGGUGUUUAUAAUGCACUGAAAUACCCAGAUUUGCAGUUACUGCCUCCAUUUACAAGCUCUGACCAGUAGAGAGCGUAAGAGUUUUUUACCAUGCAGCUUCAGGUCUCAACACCUAUGUAUUAAAGUCUUCAUAGAAGAGCAGACUGCUUUGUGUGAACUAUUCAAACAAAAUCACUCAAACAUACUCAUUCUAAGCUUAAAGCACUGUUAUGAGGGAAAACUGAAUAUAUUUUCAAUGUAAAAUACUCUGUGACCAAGGAAGAAUGGUGUUAGUUAACAUAGAACAACUCUUGAGCAUCAAUAAUACCUUGUGUGCUGAAACAAUUUUUCUUAUAAUUGUCAAAGAAAAAGCAGGCGUGCCUAUUGCCAUGCGAUCAGUUUAAAGUGUGUGUUGACAAGUAUCUCAAAAGUCUUAAUUAGUUGUUAAACGUAAAUAUUUAAAAUAUCAAAGUUGUCAUCAUUUCUGAAAUCUUGCUGAAAUUGCCAAAGCAGCCCUACCUUUUUAUAUGGAGAUUUGGCAUGUUUCUAUUGAGGAAAUCACCUGUACUGAUUUUAUUUUGAUAUUUUCAAAGACAUUUUGAUGAAGGGCUCAAGGCCAUUAAUAUGGUUGUCCAUGUAUAGCACAUGUACUGUUAGUAACAUUACCUGCGAUUGGGCAGCUGAAUCGUUAUGCACAAUUCGUGGAUUGUGUUACAGGUUUUUAAAUGUGCUUUGAUUGAAUUGUCUGGUAAAAUGAACACUAAUCUGUAAAUACUCUCUGGAGGGAGUUAACUACUCUAGGUUGAACCCAAAAACCUGUCGACUGUAUUCGUUACACUUUUUAUAGAUUUAUGAAGCUGUACUGUAUGAAUGAGGCUCUGCCUCUGUUUAUGUUUACUGUAUUUCAUAUGUACAUGUUGAUUAAUCUGUACUGAGAGGUCAAAUUAAUCUGAUCACAUUUGCAUUUUCCGGCAAAUUGAUAAUUUCGGUCAAAAUAUCAGCAAUAAACAUAAAAACCCCUUUGGCCUUUGUUUUAUAUAUAUAUAUAUAUAUAUAUAUAUAUAUAUAUAUAUAUAUAUAUAUAUAUAUAUCUCGAUUUGAAAAAUCUUUUCAAGUGGUUCAUGAUGUUGAAAGGCUCUCAUUUACUGGUAGCUCACUGACGUGAAGCACUGCAAGCCGUUUAUCAACCAAACAACUACUAGUUAACAGGCCAAAAGGGAAAGAGUUUCCCAUGUUUGUCAGUAUUUCCACCUUAUUUUUAUUUUUAGAAGACAAACUCCUGGACAUAUUUACCAAAGCGAUCAGCACCUUUGGACUGGACAGUUCCCGUAACGAAGUACUUAAGUUCAACUUUAUAACGAGCGAUCUACGUGCUGGUUUGGGAAACAGGCGUUACUCCAUCAUAAAAUAACGAGUGACGUUAGUUAAGAUAAUAACAUAAGUAUUAUGUUAAAGCUUAAGUUGCAAUGUUAUCGGGAAACCCAGCCCAUGUGUAUUAAGAUGCUCUUAGCGCUGCACGAUUACUGCAGAGUACUCGUAAAUCUAUGAGCAUUUUCAAGUACUACUUAAGUUACAAUGGCUUUGGGAAAUGGGAGCCAAAACUAAGAAGAAUCGUAAGAUGCAUUCUACGAUCUAGACUUACGAUGCUUUUGUGAAACAAGGCCCAGAGCUGCACAUUGCGCUCACAUCUGCAAUUAAAAACGUGCAAUUAGAAAUUUGAACCCAUUCACAUGUGAGCGAUAAUCUUUGUUUCUAUCUUGGAAAAUCCACAAAUGUAGCAUAUUGACAGCGUUGCAAAAAACUUGUAAAAUGCAUCUGAUGUCUACUUUGCUAUCGUAAAAUCUCAGACACGUCUUCUGGGUGGAGGUAAUGUUCACUCUGCACUGUAUCGUGCAGCCGUGCUCAAGAGACGCAGUCCAAAAUUUAAUGAGUUGUACACAAAAACAAGAGCAGGAGAAAUUGAGAGGCGAUCAAAUAAAUGCAAAAUAUUAUUUGUCAUGCAUGUGAGUCUUUUAUCUAGAUGCUUGACUUGAAGAGAACAAGCUUAAAGAUGUUGAACUUUGACACAGUAGCACUGAAUUCAACAUGUUUCUUGUAGAAACACCAUGCCAUGUGUUUCUCUAAUAGACUAAUAGUUAACAGAUAAUGAAAAAUUUAUAUAAUAACAUUAUAAUGAAUAUUAAUAAAAUAUGUAUAAAAAAUGGUUGUAUUUAUUCUUGUAGUGUUUACAACAUAGCAGGAAAUAGGAAAAUGCAUAUUCUUUGGUGUGUUGGAGUUUCAGAAAUGGCUAGAAUUUAUGUGAACAUGAAUAUUAAUAGUAAUAUAAGUAUGUCAUUAUUAUUUCAAAACAUGGUUUGGAUAUGGGAUUGACUGUUUUGCACUCUCUAUGUUUUAGUUUCUGUACUUGUAAAACACUAAACAAAUUAAGUCAAGAAUGCUUCAAGGUGAAUUUUAUUUGGUCAGUGCUAAAGGUUAGUCUCAGUCUCAGAUAGCAUGAAAUGGCCACAGACGAUUCACAGCAAGCAUGAUGUAAAUUGCAGCAUAAAUUGCAAGAGCUGUCAGAAAAUCCAUUCUGAUUGGUUGGUUCACAGGGUUUUAUCACUUUAUCAGAUAACAAAGUGUUGUUUAGAAGUUACCAGGCUGCAACAAUGAGCACCUCUGUGGAAGAACUAGUCGGAAACUGGGCUGGAAAGUCUCGCGGCCCAUCAACUUUGAAAACAAGUGUUUGUAUAUGCUUAAAUAUGUGGGCCCCACAGCUUAUACAAGGCCCCCUCAACAGGGCCCUGUGACUAUGAGGGCCCCCAGCCCUCAAAUAGGACCCUUUUACCUUCUUGGUUCUAAUUAAAUAUUUUGAGCCAUUCUUUAAUCUUAUAACGCCACCUGGUAAAAGUUUCCAUGCUCUUCUGGAAGUAGAAGACCUUGUAAAAUAAUUUCCAAAAUAGCUACCUUCACAUUUUGAUGCAC